AACAUUUCUGCUUCAAUGAGUUUUACGCCAAAUGACAUCCACGACCAGAUAUAUAAGUGCAGCCACUCUUCAAUUGUCCACACGUGCCUAGGAUUUAGAAGUAUGACAUCUAAGAAAGUGUGCAUUAUUGGCGCCGGGCCGUCGGGAAUGUCGGCGUUGGUUCAGUUUGCAAAGCUUGAUAAAAUGCCCGACGUUGUAUGCUACGAGAAGCAAAGCACGUGGGGUGGACAGUGGAAUUUUACGUGGAGAACAGCUCUCGACGAAUACGGAGAACCAUGUCAUAGCAGUAUGUACAAAGACCUCUGGAUAAAUGCGCCAAAAGAAAUCAGCCUCGAAUAUCCGGACUACACGUUUGAGAACCAUUUUCGUAAACCGAUAUCCUCCUACCCUCCGGUCUCAGUUGUAAGAGAUUAUAUGGAAGGUCACUGGAAGAACGCAGGAAAGCAUGAUCUUAAAAGAUAUGUAAGAUUCAACACUGUUGUCAGACAUGUUCGUUUCCAAGACGACAAAGAUAAUUUUCUUGUCAUAACUGAAAAUCUAAAGACACGAAAGAGCAAUGAAGAAGAGUUUACACACGUGAUUGUCUGUAACGGUAUCUUUAAUGUUCCGAACAUGCCUUAUUUCACCGGAUUCGAAGAUUUUAGUGGUCGCAUACUGCAUUCACAUGAUUUCAAAGAGGCUAAUGAAUUUAGAGGACAAAGGAUUCUGGUCAUAGGGUCAAGCUAUUCAGCUGAAGAUGUGGCAAUCCACUGUUUGAAAUUUGGAGCAAAGCAUAUUAUCAUAUCUUACAGAAGUAAACCUACUGGUCUUAAAUGGUUGCCAGGUAUCGAAGAACGUCCAUUGGUGAAGAACUUCAAAAAGAAACAGGCGUUUUUCAAAGAUGACACACAAGCAGAAGUUGAUGUAGUAAUUUGUUGUACUGGGUACAAGAAUUGCUUUCCAUUUUUGGAAAGCCGGUUGAGAGUAGACGAGGAGACAUCCUUCUAUCCUGAAGGACUUUACAAAUCGUCGCUUUUCCUGAAGGCUGGAAACAGUAAAUUGUUUUAUAUAGGUGCCCAAGAACAAUUGUACACAUUCUCGCUUUUCGAGAAUAUAGCCAUUUGGGUAUGCAGAUACAUAAUGGAAACGCUUCCUGGUGAGCCGGUAUCACAAACAGACAUGGAGAAAGACUCUAAAGAGAUGCAUGCCCGGGCGUCCAUGCUGUCAUCCCAUUAUGAUGUCUUAGAGUUCCAGACAGAAAUUAUGAAAGACCUCGCUUCUCGCACAGGACUAACAGUGGACUUUGAGAAGGCUGUCGAGUAUGUGAAAUUAUGGUUUCAACACCGUGAAGAAGGAAUUGAGGAUUACCGAAGCCAUCGGUUUAGGUCAAUGUACACGGGGACACUGUCACCUAAAAAAUUUCCCCCUUUUUGA